AUGGGAACGAGGCAUGAUAAUUUUUACAACAAUUAUUUACAUCUUGCCGCAAAAUUAUCUCCUCCUUCUCAACUUGAUAUUGUAACUGGAGCAGCACUACAAAUGCAAAGGGAACUGCAAUGGUUUAAGGAAGUUGGGAGCACAGUACAACCCAAACUCAAAGAGGAACUAAACAGCUACAACAAAACACCAAAAAUUUUAUUCACUGAUGAACACGAGAAGUUAGCCAAAGAAGCAGAGAACUGGAUGAAAAAUACAGCAAGAUCGAGUAUGAUAGUGGGCACUCUAAUUGCUGCUGUAAUGUUCAUAACAACUUUCACAGUACCAGGUGGUAAUAAAAACGACACAGGAAUGCCAACAAUGCUGGAAACUCAAAGGAUUCCAUUCUUGAUUUUCAUGAUUUCGAAUGCCCUGUCAAUGUUCAGUUCGAGUAUGUCGCUAUUGAUCUUCUUGGGAAUUCUUACGGCGCGUUAUGCAGAAGAAGAUUUUCUCAAGUCCUUACCGACAAAAUUAAUAUCAGGACUGAUGAGUUUGUUCCUUUCGAUUAUUACCAUGAUGGCAUCCUUUGGUGCUGCAUUGUAUUUGAUUCUUCAUGAGAAUUUGUCUUGGGUCACUGUUCCUAUCAUCGUCCUUACAAUGAUUCCAAUAGUUCUUUUCUCCAUCCUGCAGUUUCCUCUCUUGAUUGAGAUGACACAACGGACUUACGGAGCUGGGAUAUUUGGUAAAUAUAAGAAGAAAUCCCGUUUUGCUAAGUUCAGAGCAUGUUUGAUAUGGAGAAAUCCAUUGAGGAAGAAAAGACAUUAA